CAGUAGCCAUUGAAAUCGUUUUACUUGAAAUAUAACAGGAUGGCAAAAAUACUAUGUUUGUUGAUAUUACUUGUUUCUUCAUUUACAUCUACGUUGAGUGAAUCUGAUCCGAUCUCGAAACAAGGGUAUACGCUGCCAGAAGGACAUCCAGAACGCUGUUUUAUUAUGCUAGCUGGACACAAAGAUCUUCGGCGUUUAGAAGCUCUCCCGGGUGGUGGCUGGGACAACCUACGUAAUUAUGACAUGGGCGCUGUUGUUCAACAUACUUAUCACAAAUGUAUGACAACAGAAGAUGGUCGUUUUCUGAUACCAGAUAGUAUAACGACGCUCCCCAUUAAGACGAGUGGUGUUGACACGAUUUCAGAGUUCUUUGAUCACUGGGAUAGCUACACGAGUGUUUCUUCAAGUUCAAUCAAUUUAGAGGUUGGGGUAUUCGGGAUACCUAUCGGCGGUAAAUUUUCCACAGAGUAUGGGAGUAUAAAAUCAAAGCAAUUUUCUGAGAAAAGUUCGACAACUCGUAUGCAAUUGCGCUAUCGGAAGUACAAUGUCAUAUUAGAAAACGGAUACUCACUUCAUCCUUCGUUCAAGAGCCGUCUCCAGAAGAUAGCGGCACAUUUGAUGUUAGAUCGAACACGUCUCGCUUCUUACGAAAGUCAGCUGCUUGUUCGAGACUAUGGCACUCAUGUGAUAAACAACGUUGAGCUUGGUGCAACACUUGUCAAAACGGAUCAAAUUACAAUAUCGCAAGAUGAAAGCUCUCAAACUGACUUUCGGCACAUAGCAGCAUCUGCAUCUGCUAUUGUGUUCUUUGAAGAAGUUGGAAUCCAAUUCGGUGCAUCGUAUUCUAAUUCAAAAUUUGAUGAAGCAGUUAACAAGUACAAACAAUCAAGAAUGUCGUCUAAACUUUCAACACUUGGUGGAGAUAUUUACAAACCAACACAAUUUUCUGCUGAAAACUGGAGCAGCUCGAUUGAAAACAAUCUUGUGCCACUAGAUAGAUCGGGGGACCCAUUAUAUUUAUUCGUUAAUGAAAACAACCUACCUGGUAUACCAGAGUACAUUAUAGAAAGAGUUCAUGCCUAUGUCAAAAAAGCUGUUUAUCGUUAUUACAUACAAAAUGUACAUAAAGGAUGUACGGUACGAAACGCGCCAAAUUUUAGCUUUCAGGCUAACGUUAAUGAUAGUACAUGUGAUCCGCCUAAGACAAAUUUUACUUUUGGGGGUGUUUAUCAAACGUGUUCGAACACAGGUUAUGUAAAUCUAUGUGAUGGAAUGUCUGUAAAGAAUCCAUUAACUGGUGACUUCAGUUGCCCAAACAACUACGAAGCUAUUCGCAUCAACAGCGGAAAAAAGACCCAACAAAGAAAUAGAGCUGUGGUUACGAAAUGUGGCUGGUUUAAAAAGUGUGCCAAAAAUGUUAUAGACACUGCAAGUGCCGAUUAUGAAGCAUAUUGGUGUGCUAAAAUCGAUACAAGCAGUCCCGGUGGAUAUAUGUUUGGCGGUUUGUAUACCACACAUACACAUAAUGUGGUUACACAAACAAGAGAAUGUCCCACAUACUUUACUUCGUUAACUAUACUUGAAGACCUAACUAUAUGUGUAAGCGAUGACAACGAACAAGGUUCACAAUUUAAUCUUCGUUUCGCAGGCUUAUUCAGCUGUGUUGGAGGAAAUCCAAUGGCAUUGGACUCUAGUAAAAGAAGAGACAGAAAUUAUCCCAACUCCUGUCCAGAAGGGUAUAGCCAACAUUUAGCGGAUGUAGAUGACGGAUGCGAGAUAAAUUAUUGCAUACAAUCCGGCGCAAUAGCAAUGGAACAAUUACCGAAAAUAAAGUUACCUCCCUAUAUGUCAAGACCUUUAGACAUACCACAGGAAGAGACAGAAGAUGAUUCGUCAGUGACCAUUUUCAGUAGUGAUGGUACCAGUUGGUCUUCUUUAGAGGAUGAAGUUGUUAAAGCAGCUUCCAGUAACAACACUUUAACAUUUGAGUUUGCAAAACAAACAGCACUCAAUAUCCCUUACAUCAAAUCUUUGGUUAUGGCAAAUGUAUCCAGCGAAUUUAUUACUAAUCUUGGGAGUGGAAACAUGUUGGACGAGUCAGAUGUUAAACAGUCUGCACUGAAAAUGAUACACAACCAAAACAAUUUAAAACUUGACAAGGAAAGUUCUCCAGUUCUGAGUAAUGCACAUGAUGAAACUAGCAAAAACCAUAAGCAGGUUUCUACUGUUACAGUUGCGGUAAUAUCUGUUAAUGGGACAAUUCUCUGUGUGCUGAUAGUAUUAGGCAUAGCAUGGGCAAUCAGACGUAGAAGAGGUGCAGCGUUACCAUAUCAAAAGAUUUGAUGAUUUAAUAUAACUUACUGAGCAAAAACAGAUACAUGUACAUGUAUCUAGCAAUAUUUUAGAUUUUUUAUACAUAUAUAAUUGAAGCAUAUAUAGCAUGUUGUCGGUCUAGGAAUUGACAUUUGUAAUUUUGUAUUUAUGUAUUAGAUGCUUAUACAAGUCAUUUAAUCAUAAACUUGUUAUACAUGAGACAAUUCUCUGAUAUGUAUGAUUAACAUGUAGAUAUGUGUAAAACACAUAAUCAUAUAAAUCUGCGUCAUCAACAAUGUCAUGGUCUCUCUUAAUCCUCAGUUUGAUAAUCCCUACAAAAAUAUUACAUUUUUGUGAAAAUUGAUAUGAAAGGACAAACAUUAAUACUAAUUUAACAUUGCUGACAUUAAUGUCUGACCAAUGCAUCGAUAGAUCUAUUCGGGACUUCUAUGAAAUAUGUUUUAAUAUCAGUGAUAAUGAAUUGCAAACAAUAAGCAGUAUUUGGUUAAUUAAAUUUACGAUUUCAGAUGACACUUGUAGGGUUUUCUACUGAGUGACACCCGAGUUAACGGGAAGACAGCAAAAUUUAAUCUUGAAUAAUAUUGCUUGCCUGCUAAGAACAAUCUAAAGUCUUAUAUCUCAUCCUAACUCUUUCUUAGUUUCCAUUGUAAAGCUUAAGAGCAAAAAAGUUCUACUUCUACUACAUCUACUUCUUUUGAAAUUUUCUAUCAGACAAUCCAGAUUUUUUUAAAAACUUUACGUUAAGUAAUAUUUGAAUACAAAAUUGUUUCAUACAGUUAGCCAUGGAUGUAUAUAAAUCUGUAUUUUUUGAUAAUCUUAAUUAGAUUUUCAAAAACUUAUAAAAUAUUCGAUUUUUGAAAUUGUAUUU